CUAUUGGACUAAAGAUAACUAAACUCCCAGAUAUUUGUUCACUUCACUUUCUCAGUGCAGUUGUUGCCUAAUGCAAUGGAGGAAGAAGCCAAGGUGGUUUUGUUGGGUGCACGGUUCAGUAUGUUUGAGAUGAGAGUUAAGAUAGCUUUGGCAGAGAAAGGAAUCAAAUAUGAGUACAUGGAACAAGAUCUCACCAACAAGAGUACUUUGCUUCAAGAAAUGAACCCAAUUCACAAGAAGAUUCCAGUUCUCAUACAUCAUGGAAGACCUAUCUGUGAGUCCCUCAUAAUUGUUGAGUAUAUUGAUAUGGUUUGGGACAACAAUUGUCCUUUGCUUCCCUCUGAUCCCUACCACAAAGCUCAAGCCAGGUUCUGGGCUGAUUUUGUAGAUCAGAAGGUGUAUCAUGCUUCUAAGAGAGUUUGGAUUUCAAAGGGAGAUGAGAAAGAGGUGGCAAAAAAGGACUUCCUAGAGAGCUUAAAGCAAUUGGAGGAGUUUCUUGGAGACAAGCCUUAUUUUGGGGGUGACACAUUUGGGUUUGUUGAUGUUGCUCUUAUUCCUUUCUAUUGCUGGUUUUAUACUUAUGAGACUUUUGGAAACUUCAAAGUGGAGGGAGAGUAUCCAAAACUUAUCUCCUGGGCCAAGAGAUGCAUGCAGAAGGAAAGUGUAUCUGAAACUCUUGCAGAUGAGAGGGAGGUUUAUGAGGCUGUUUUGGAUUAUAAGAACAAAUUUAUAUUGAACUAAGGGAACACUGUGAAGUGUUUGUUAAAGCUGUGAGAGUUUGCCUGUGAGAUAGACCUAGUACUACAGAUUCUGUUAGUUAUUUUUAUAUUAGUUAGCUAUUGUGAUCCCAAUAAAAUCUCAAGUAGUUGAGGUUUUUUUUAGCAAAUUUCAAAAUUAUUAUAAAUUUCAAAUUGGCUCUAAGUGUAUAAAUAGGCAUUCUCAUUUAUGAAAUAUUGCCUUCUAUCUUCAAUUCUUAUGCCUCAAUUUUUAUCUCAAGCAAGUUUCAGUUUUUUAGUUUCUCGGCAAGUUUUAGUUGGUGGUGACAAUUUGCAUUAGACACUGAGGUGUGUGAACUGUAAGAACAAAACCACAUGGUUCUAGCCUUGUCAUUGCCGUGUACUUAUAUUCUUUAAUGCACAUUCUUAUUGUAUUUUCAA